AAGGUGUUUCUUUUACUGGAUUGUCUCACAACAUUGGGAUGGCUUCACUGCACAAAAUUUGUCUUUUGACACUGGUAUGCAGUGCGACAUUAUUGUAUCAGUUGAAAGCAUAUGUGGAGUUGCCUUCUCACACCAAAGGUUGGAAAGAAAUUCGAGUUGAUGAUUUGUCGGAAGAUCGAGUAGAGGAUCCCAAUUUCGGUGGUCGUUUGCUUCUCCCCUUAACGCUAUGGAACAUGCUUCGCAAAAGAAUUCAACGUCGUUUGACAACUAUUAUUCACACUUGUGCGUUGCAAGACUGGAGAACCUUCGAUGCGGAUUCGAAUGUUGUGGACCCAGGAUUUGUGAUAUGGACCUGCAGACGGUUGUGUGGGGGCAACGGAGACAGGUUGCGAGGGCUGACGCAUGCCCUUUAUCUUGCAUUGCAAGCGGGCUACAAUCUGAGAAUAGAUUGGACCAACCCUGUCAAUAUUGACACCCUAUUCACAAAUCGUAGUUUUGCUCUUUGGAAUACGGUUGUGAGCACCAGAAAUUCAAGAUCAGCUCAGAUUGACAUAAUGAAUACCAGGGAGAGCGUUUUAUGUAAAGUAAAACAUCACAAGGUUAUCAGGUUAGCAACUAAUAUGGAUCCUGAGCUAUCUUCUUGCGAUACAUCUCAAUAUUUGAGGGGAAUGUUCGUUGGAAAUGGAACAUCAGACAUAUAUGACGUUUUGGGUGACCGCAACAGAAUGAUUGGUUGUACCUUUUGGUACCUGUUUGCUUUAG